AUGGAGUAGUGUUAGAAGUUAGAAUAUUAAUUUAAUACAAUAUUAAAAUAUUUAGUAUACGUGUCACUCAUCUAAUAUGAGAUAAUUGCAAUAUAAUUGGAAUAUUCUUUCUAAUAUGAUUUUUUUUAGUUAAAAAGAAUAUGAAAACAUAAAUAGUGCAGAAGAACCAUAAAGGUUCUGUAACAGAAAUAACUAACUGAAAGAACAUUUGUGAGAGGGAAAGAGAGAUUGGAAAACAGAGAAGGAGAAAUGGCAAGCAAUGCCAGGCAAGAGAGAAGGAGAAGAAUUGUGGAAAGAGGGAGUGAUAGGUUGGCACUAAUCACAGGCCAAAUCCAAAAUCUGAAUGAAUCACCAUCCUCAACCCCCACUUAUCAACAGAGGCAUCAUGCACACACCGAAUCCUCCCCAUCAAUUAUGUACUCUCCUUAUGAUCAUUCUCAAAUUAAUGCCGAGGGUCUAGAUGGUGCUUCUGUUGCCAAGCUGACGAAACUUAGGACUAUUAAUGGAAUUCCAGAAUCCAAAAACUUCGAUAGCCCAAAGAAACCUGAAUCUCGAUUUCGAAAUAAUGCAACAAGUCCUGAGAAAAUAAGACCUCAAGUUUUUGAUACCAAGACAGAAAUACAGGAAUCUGUUAUAGUGGCUACAAAUUCACCAUUAGUUCCGAAUGAAUCAAAUCAUCAUUACAGAUUCUUCUCUUCCAAGCGGAUCAAUGCCUGCAUCAUUUCUUCCGAGAGAAGGCGCGCGAUGUGUUCUCUUAUAGUAGCUUUUCUAGUGGUUAUAUCACACAUUGGUUACCCACUUUUCUCAGCUAACAUUGUUCGUUCAGAAAGCGUCAUUGCCUCAAGGCCAUUAUACAUAAUCCUGCUUACUGAUGUAGCAAUUGUGCUUGGUCACAUGUUUCACGAGAGCGGAAAUAAUGGCUCUGAGGAGGCUGAGGCAGAAAGAAUGGAACCCAACAAGGAAGAUGGAGAUAACUGGGAUGGUGCAGUCAAGCUAUUGGAGAGAGGUCUGGUCCUGUAUCAAGCCAUCCGAGGCAUCUUUAUUGACUGCAGUGUUUAUCUGGUUGUGGUUAUCUCUGGCCUCUCUUUACUGUAAAUCUUUAUCUUCAAGAUUAAUUAACAAUUUUGCUGCACAUAUUAUAUAGCUGUGCAGCUGCAAAAUAAUUUUUUGUUGCUCAUGCUGUAGUAGCUUUCAAUCUUAAGGUUUGCUCUGUUGUGGCGCAAAGGUCGCAUAUUCAAGUCUUGAAUUUAGUCCUCGACAAUGUAAUGAUCUUUUGAAAUUUUGUUCUGUGGUGCCAAUUAUUAUGAGAUUAUGCUCUUUGGUUUUUCAUUUA